CCGCCGUUGCUAUACCGCCGGGUCCGCCAUCGUCAGCCUGUAUUGAUAAAUUCCCCGUGCAUUUGCUCAGUCCCAACAGGAACACCGAACGCCUUACGUGCCUAAACAAAUCUUCUGUACUCGUCAUAAGUGCGGGAACAUUUCCACAGCCUGACACGGUCGACAUUUCUUUUUUUAAAGAGGGAACGUGAUUGAUUUUGUGAGCUAGCGUCGCCGAUCCCAAAAGAGUCGUGUCGCGGGUGAGAUAGAAAACGUUCAGGAUCGCCUCGGACGGGGACACCGACUUCGUUAACGUGAGGAAGGCGAUGCCGGUGGAGCCCCUGGAGAAUGACUGUUUCCUGCUCAUUUCAGACGACUUCGAGUUAGUGAUCGAGGAAGAGGAGGACGGCUGGUGCCACGUCGUCCCCAACGCCAGCGCCGCCUUCGAAGCCACUCCUCCAGAAGACCUCCCUCUUGCCUCCGCUUCUUCGUCGUCGCCGCCUCCGCCUAAGACUGACUUGUCCCCCUCACGCCGGAAGAAUGAGGACCUCUUCUUCCUCGACGGCCACUAUGAGACUGCUGUACCGGACGAUAAUGAGGGAGCGAAAGCCGGUGCUGCAGACGUACGCGUUGUAGAGGACGUCGACAUCCAGGAGGUCGAGGUCGAGGAGGAGGCAGACGCAGCCAGUGAGGUCGAGGAGGAUUAUGAGGAGUUCUGGGAGGCUGACGAGCUGGUGGACGCUUACUGCUUGAACUACGGGCAUGACGACGUGAUUGACAAAGCUGCUGAGGACUUCGGAGCCAAGAGGAAAAUCGGCCUCAAGGGAUCUCGCCAAAGGAAGAAGGAGGCUGCCAAACGCCCCGUGGGAAAGGACCUCUACAUGAACCAGGAUCACUUGAACUGGCGGGAAUUCAAGAAACAGGUGAACAAGACGUUCCAGAAGCAGCACCUCGACUGGCCUACUUACAAGAGGAAUCUUAAGAAAUCGCCAUUCGGAUGUGCUCUCUCUGACAAGAAAAAGAACAUGCUUAUUUACUUGUGAGUCUCCUGGUUUUUUGUUGUUUUUCUGUUGGUCGAAGGGGUAACAAAUAUUAUCUUUUUUUUUUUUUUUUUUUUUUACAUGUAGGCCUGUAGGGUUUUGUCUUCGGUACGAUAAACGAAUUGAUAAAUGGUUCUUGAUAAGUAGAAACAGUAAGUAGGUGAAGCAAAAUGCAUCAUAUAUUCGCCGAGAUCAGUACAAUGCCAGCAGAAAAUGAAGAAAUGAUGCAUAUAAGGUUAGAUUAAACAAAUGCAUUCGUGUAAUCGGAUCUAAUGUUUUUGUUUUUGCUUUUUUUGGCGGCAAAUCACAAGGAAUGAAUAGUAACAUUUGCCAGCUGUGAUGUAUAAGACGUUGAAUUAGACUCAUUUAUUCGUGUAUUCGGAUCAAAUGUUCUUGGCGGCAAAAUCACAAAGAGAUAACAAAUUGUAAGAUUUGCCAGCUGUGGUGUGUAAGGCGCUGAAUUAAACCAAUUCACUUUAGUAUUCGGAUCUUAUAUUCUCUGUCAACUACUUCCAUGCAGUUCCCUUCCAUUGUUUACAUGGAUACUUCACCGAUAUCCUAACGACUUAGAAAUGGAAUAUCAAAGAAACGGAACACGGUACACACAUAUCCUCGAUGUAUGUCCUAAAAAAAAAAUUUCCAAACCCAAAUACUGCAACAACUUUAACACCAUCAGUUCGAGAUCAGCGAAUUAUAGUUUUUCUACCGGGAAUGUUGGUAAUAGUGACGGAGUAAACGACGAGGAGAGAUUUUAUAUUAGAGGUGUCAACAAAAGACAACGGCAAAGCGCAAAGACAGCGUCAAUUGCCUCUAAACAUGACACUGAUAUUUGUACGUUCUCUCUGUGUAUAUUUGUUAACUCCUUAUGCAGAAAUGUGAUUAAUGUGAUACCUUUUCUCUUUCUGUUAAUGCUAACAGUCUUUCUACAUGUCAACGUUUAUAUUCUGUUUCAAAACUCAAUAAAAUUUAGAAGUAA